AUGGAUGGCGCGAAGCCAUGUUGGGCGUCUUUACCGCGGGAGCUGCACCUCCACAUCCUAGAACACGUCGCGAAUGCGCACAGCUCACCGGCCUCGCCCAGUCGCGGAAUAGCUCGCUACGCCAGCGUAUCCAAAGAAUGGCAGGAUUUCUUCGAGGAAAUGACGUUCAAGAACUUCGUUCUGCGGCUGCAAGAUCUCAUUCCGUUCAGGGAGCACACGCAAAGUCCCAGAAGACGUGGCUACGUCCGGCACAUCUGGCUUCGUCUCGAGGAGCCUCACCCCGAAGAGGAUGACCCGGCUUUACCCUGGAAUCAAUCGCGGAGCCCAUUUGCUACCGCUACGCUAUAUCUAUGGAAUACAUUGGCGUCAUGGGAAGUUGAUCAGGCCGGAGAAGAAUUGACGCUCGAGAUAAGCUCCCAUACACAGGCUGGGCUCAUCAGGUACAACAACUAUACGCCAAAGGACGACAUCGAUCACUAUUUGAAGUAUCUUGAGACGGGAUCUCUUGCGCCGUACGAUGAGGUUGAACCCUUUAGUCACACGAGCCUACUCUGGAUUGCCCACAUGGGUCAAGGUCAAAGUAUCUCGAUGCACUCCGGAGCUAUCAAGGCCCUAUACUCGUACGAUCUCAGGCUAAGCCGUAUACGGUUACCAUCCGUACAAGUCGUCACCAAGUUUCUCAUGCGGAGGGCAAAUACGCGCAACCUUUACCCAGAUUCGUUGAACCAUAUCAUCAAGAGUCUUCCUCGCUUAAAGGAGAUCCAUUUUGAGAGGUGGCGGCUCUGCAGCGUGGGAGCGGAGAGACGUUGGCUACAAGGUUGUCUUCUUCAGGAGCACCUGGCGCUCUGCUUCAUCGUAGAUGCGGACGAUUUCCUGAACAACGCACCUAACUUCCCGGAACUGAAGACGCUCACUCUGACUGCCGAGAUAUUUCUUGGCGUGGGCGGCAAUAGCGAUGAAGCUGUUGAGAGGCGCAUGAAGAUCAAGACGCUUCUUUUGUUGGCUGCGUUGGCGGCUUGCCGGAUGCCAAGGCUUGAGCUCUUGGAGAUUUGGAAUGGCCGGAACGGGCAGGUUAGUAUAUUUCGCUACAAGGUCGACAGUGGGCUCGCUGAGAUUACUUGGAAGAGUACGCAGGACGAUGUUGUCGUUGAUGAUGAUAUUGUGAAAGCCUGGGAGGCUACGGCGAGGGUUCAUGCAAGAGAUGACUUGCGGAGUUCGAUUAUACGGCUGCCGGAUGGCCAGUACACGUAUUAUGGCUCUGUGUUGCCGCAUUUGGAGUCGAAGGAGCACUUUAUCCAUGAGGUGUCUGCUGCUCAGAUGAUGUAG